CCUGUGGCCACUGAAUACACGAGGAGACGCUCGUAACUAUUUUCUCAACAUUUAAGAUAUUUUAAAUAGCAUUCUUUUUUACACAUUUUCGUUCAGACUGCCCUUCUGUCCGCUAUUUUCCUCCCGUGCCAUUUUAUUAACAGUGUGACUUUAGGCUACUAUGACCAAAAUCUUGUUGGCUUGCGGCGUGGUUAAAUCUCUGAGACAGGGAUGGAUGAUUUGCAGGAAAGUGAGGAACACGUCAGGCUGGCCGCGACUUCAAUCUGCGAAACUUCUUAGUGUCAAGGCACAGACAGCUCACCUGGUCUUGGAGGAUGGUACCAGGAUGAAAGGGUUUUCUUUUGGGCACAAUGGCUCUGUAGCUGGGGAACUUGUCUUCAAUACUGGCCUGGUGGGGUAUCCUGAGGCCCUUACUGACCCCAGCUACAAAGGUCAAAUCCUGACCUUGACAUACCCCAUUGUUGGAAACUAUGGCGUACCUAACACCCAGGAGCUGGAUGAACUUGGCCUGAGAAAACAUGUGGAGUCGGCAAACAUUCAGGUGUCUGGUCUUCUUGUUCAAGACUACAGCCAUGAAUACAGCCACUGGAAUUCUGUCAAGUCUUUGGGUCAGUGGCUACAAGAAGAGCAGGUCCCUGCACUGUUUGGAAUAGACACCAGGAUGCUGACCAAGAUAAUCAGAGACAAGGGCACUGUUUUAGCAAAGAUUGAAUUUGAUGGACAGCCUAUAGAGAUAUCUGAUCCCAACCAGAAAAACCUUAUAGCAGAAGUUUCAACCAAGGAAAUCAAAGUUUUUGGAAAAGGAAACCCAAUAAAAGUUGUGGCUGUGGACUGUGGCAUUAAGCAUAAUAUAAUCCGACUGCUGGUUAAGCGAGGCACAGAGGUCCACCUCGUACCAUGGGACCAGGAUUUGAUGAGCUUAGACUAUGAUGGCUUGUUUAUAUCAAAUGGACCAGGAGACCCAUCUCUGGCAGAAACACUCAUCCACAAUGUCUGCAAGGUGCUUGAGAGUGAUCGGCCUCAGCCGGUGUUUGGGAUCUGCAUGGGCAAUCAGAUCACGGCUCUGGCAGCAGGAGCAAAGUCAUAUAAACUGCCAAUGGGUAACAGAGGCCAGAACCAGCCAGUGCUGAAUGUGAUGACAGGGCAGGCAUUCAUUACAGCCCAGAACCAUGGUUACGGCAUAGACAGCAAGUCUCUUCCAGCAGGCUGGAGCCCACUUUUUGUCAAUGCUAAUGAUGGCACCAAUGAGGGCAUCAUGCACAACACUAAGCCUGUUUUCACGGCCCAGUUCCAUCCGGAGGCUAAGGGUGGUCCCACUGACACUGAGUUUCUAUUUGAUGCCUUCAUAUCCUUGAUAAAGAAUGGAAAGGACACUAACAUUGUGUCAGUGAUGCCCAAGAACCCCUGCAUCCCCCCCAGAGCACAGGUUUCAAAGGUGCUGGUGCUGGGGUCAGGUGGUCUGUCUAUAGGCCAGGCUGGUGAAUUUGACUAUUCUGGAUCUCAAGCUAUUAAGGCCAUGAAGGAGGAGAACUUGAAGACAGUGCUUAUGAACCCUAACAUAGCAUCUGUUCAAACCAAUGAAGUGGGCUCCAAGCAGGCAGACUCUGUCUACUUCCUGCCAGUGACUCCACAGUUUGUAACAGAAGUGAUUAAAACCGAGCGUCCUGACGGCAUUCUGCUUUCUAUGGGUGGACAGACUGCACUUAACUGUGGAGUGGAAUUAUUUCAACGUGGCGUUUUGGAGCAGUAUGGGGUGAAAGUCCUUGGGACCCCAGUGGAAUCCAUCAUGGCCACAGAAGACAGGCAGCUUUUUGCUGAUAAACUCAUGGAGAUCAAUGAGAAAAUUGCACCCAGCAUUGCUGUGGAGUCAGUGCCUCAUGCCUUGAAAGCAGCGGAGAAAAUAGGGUAUCCAGUGAUGUUACGAUCAGCCUAUGCCCUGGGAGGUCUGGGGUCUGGUCUGUGUGCUACCAAAGAAAAAUUGGAGGAAACUGCCCAGAAGGCCCUGGCCAUGAGCAGUCAGAUUCUGGUGGAGAAGUCUUUACUCGGCUGGAAGGAGGUAGAAUAUGAGGUUGUGAGAGAUGUGGCUGAUAACUGUGUUACGGUUUGCAACAUGGAGAAUUUCGAUCCACUGGGCAUUCACACAGGCGACUCCAUCGUGGUAGCACCAAGUCAAACAUUGUCCAAUGAGGAGUACCACAUGCUCCGUGAGACGGCUAUUAAGGUGGUGCGUCACCUUGGAAUUGUGGGCGAGUGCAACAUCCAGUAUGCUCUCCAUCCAUCAUCGCUGGAAUACUGCAUCAUUGAGGUUAAUGCUCGGCUCUCAAGAAGCUCAGCUUUAGCAUCCAAAGCUACUGGUUACCCCUUGGCAUUUGUAGCUGCUAAGUUAGCUCUGGGAAUCCCUUUGCCAGACAUCAGAAACGCCGUAUCAGAGAAGACCACAGCCUGCUUUGAGCCAAGUUUAGACUACAUUGUCACCAAGAUUCCCCGCUGGGACCUGGACCGCUUUCAGGGCAUGUCAUUGGAAAUAGGCAGUGCCAUGAAAAGUGUUGGAGAGGUGAUGGCGGUGGGUCGAACGUUUGAGGAGAGUGUGCAGAAGGCCUUGAGGAUGUGUCAUCCAUCUGUGGAUGGCUUUGUUCCCAGAUUGCCACUCAAGAAAGCCUGGGGCAACACACAGAACCUUCAGCAGGAGCUGGCUGUGCCCUCCAGCACCCGCAUCUUCUCCCUUGCCAAGGCGCUGCAUAAUGGUAUGAGUGUUGAUCAGAUUCAUCAGCUCACGGCCAUAGAUAAGUGGUUCCUCCACAAACUUCGCAGAAUAACACAGUUGGAGCAAAACCUUGGAAACUAUAGCAGAGAUACAGUACCCAAGGAGCUGUUAUUGAAAGCCAAGCAGGAUGGCUUCUCAGACCAGCAGGUCGGUCAGAUUCUUGGCUGCAAUGAAACAGAUGCUAGAGACCUGAGGGUCAGUAAUGGCAUCAAACCUUGGGUAAAACAGAUUGACACAUUAGCAGCUGAGUACCCAGCAAUGACCAACUACUUGUACUGCACAUACCAUGGUCAGGAGCAUGACUUGGAAUUUAAAGAUCAGAGCAUUAUGGUUCUUGGUUGUGGACCUUAUCACAUUGGUAGCAGCGUUGAGUUUGACUGGUGUGCAGUGUCCUGUAUCAGGGCCUUGAGACAAAUAGGAAAGAAGACAGUUGUGGUCAACCACAACCCCGAGACUGUCAGCACUGACUUUGACGAGUGUGAUCGUCUUUACUUUGAAGAGUUGACCCUGGAGCGCAUCCUUGACAUCACCCAACAGGAGGAGUGUUCUGGUAGUAUUGUGUCUGUUGGAGGUCAGAUCCCCAACAACUUGGCCAUCCCUUUGCACAAGAGUGGAGUAAAGAUUCUGGGGACGAGCCCCUUGCAAAUUGAUCGGGCUGAGGAACGUUCUGUCUUCUCCAGCAUCCUUGACAAUCUUGAAGUGGCCCAAGCUGCAUGGAGGGCACUCAGCUCACUGGAAGAUGCCUUUGCAUUUGCCAACCGGGUGGGCUACCCUUGUUUACUUCGACCCUCGUAUGUUCUUAGUGGCUCUGCAAUGAAUGUUGUCUACGGGGAAGAAGAAAUGAAACGCUUCUUGGAAGAGGCUACACAGGUUUCCCAGGAGCAUCCAGUUGUCAUCACAAAGUUCAUACGUGGUGCCAGGGAGGUAGAAGUGGAUGCUGUAGCUAACAAUGGCAAGGUCCUUGUCCAUGCUAUAACAGAGCAUGUAGAAGAUGCUGGUGUCCACUCUGGCGAUGCCACCUUAAUGCUCCCAACCCAAACCAUCAGCCAGGGAGCUCUAGAGAAAGUCAAAAUUGCCACCCGGAAAAUUGCACAAGCGUUUGAGAUUUCAGGGCCCUUUAACACCCAAUUUCUGGUUAAAGGCAAUGAUGUCAUGGUGAUAGAGUGCAAUCUGCGGGCAUCACGAUCAUUUCCUUUUGUUUCAAAAACAAUCGGUGUGGACUUUAUCAACGUGGCAACAAAAGUGAUGGUGGGAGAGCCUUUAAACGAGUCCCGCCUGCCUUCACUGGAGAAACCAAUCAUUCCUAUAGACUAUGUAGGAAUCAAGGCACCAAUGUUCUCUUGGCCGCGACUGAGGGAUGCAGACCCUGUUCUUCGUUGUGAGAUGGCUUCCACUGGAGAAGUAGCUUGUUUUGGACCAAACAUUUAUUCGGCCUUUCUGAAGGCCAUCCUCUCCACAGGCUUUAAGCUGCCACAGAAGGGCAUCCUGAUUGGAAUUCAGCAAUCUUUCCGACCGAAUUUCCUUGCCACGGCACAUCAGCUGAAAGAAGAAGGCUUCAAGCUCUAUGCUACUGAAGCCACCUCAGCCUGGUUGUGUGCCAAUGAUGUACCUGCCAUUCCAGUAGCUUGGCCAUCUGAAAAAGAAGGAAACACAACAUUGCCCAGUAUAAAAAGAUUGAUCAGUCAGGGUCAUAUUGACCUGGUUGUGAACUUGCCCAAUAACAACACGCGACAUCUGAAGGAUAACUUCCUGAUCCGCAGAAUGGCUGUUGAUCAUGGUGUUCCCCUCAUUACAAAUUAUCAGGUGGUCAAGUUGUUUGCUGAAGCUAUUCGUUAUGCAGGCGAUCUUGAUACAACAAGCCUCUUCCAUUACCGACAGAAGGAAAGCCAACCAAAAGGAGCCAGUCAGCAAGGAUAGAGCCUCCUUCCUUUGUGUGCAUCAUUGAUUUAGCUAUAAAAAAGGCUUCGGUGAGAUCGUUCCCAAUAUAACGAGGCUACAGAAACCCAAAAUGCAUACAUUUGAAUAAAAUAAAACCAGGAUCAGAUAAGUUCUUUAAAACAUAAAACUAUACAGUACUAAAUCUGGUCAGUUGGAUUCUAUAAAUACUUCACAGGAUGCAUGAAUGAAAAUAUUUAGAAACAUCCUCAAAUAGAACAGGCUUUCACCAAGAAAGCCCAUUAUAACAUUUACAUUGUGCAUUUGUUACUCUGACAUAAAUUGAUAGUGGGGCAAAUGUUUUCCUGAUAUUUCUCAGAAGCCAUCAAUUUUUCAAAAAAGUCAAAUGUCAUGGUUGAUUAGAGUUAUGAUUCAUUGUUCAGAGGUAAAACAUGGCAACCAAAAUAUUGGUAGAUUUUCAAUGGCUGUUAAUUAACUUGGUAUAAAUUCUUAUUCAUUAGAGAAAAUUGACAAAUCUGUAGUCCUGGAGAAUAUUACUUAAAAAAUACUAAUAAUAACCACUCAAGUCUUAAUGAUUCACGUUUUUCUGAACUACUCAAUUAAGCAUGUUUCUUUUUAAGACUUAAUUUAGCUUCCAAUUGACAUCUUGUUUAUGAUUUUUUUUGUGUGAGAUGAUACAAUUACUGUAGAUAAGCUAGCUGUGUGUGCAUGUUUUUUAUUAUGAUUAUUUUAUCCUAAUACAAUUAAGUAUAGGAAGAUAAUUUACAUUUUAAGGACUUCAAGUGGGACAUUCUAGCCCAUUGAUUUGAAUUUGAGGACAAAUACUCUGAUUAAAUAUUUAGAUGUGGUUUGUGUAUAGAAUUUAUUUUAUUUUUGUUUUAUUUAUGAAAUUACCUUUUAUGUAAAGAAAACUCAAUACAUUUAAAUUGCCACAAAUAAGCAAUGAUACCUGAGUUAUUAAUUAAUUUGUUUGUUUUCUUCACUGUUUGUGUGUUUGACCACAAAAUUAUUUCUCAUGUUCUCAAAUUUCCAUCUUUAAAACUGAGACUGUUUUGGAGAAAAUGAAUAUGGAUUAAAACUUGAUUACUUUC